GCAGCGCCCCGCGCGGCGCCGUGGCAGCUCAAGUCCGACUCGAGCGGAGGGAAUCUGCUGGGGGUUCCUUCACCCCGACUUCUGCCGGGCCGUCACUGCCACUUGGGCAGGCCAGGCCCAGAUGAGCUUGGUCAGGUGGCCCCACUGCCCGCUCCUUUCUUAGCUGGGGACUAAUGCCCCAGAACCCUCAGGAGAAGAGCCAGGCCAGCCCCCGCCGCCGCCGCCCUGGUUGCCACGCAGACCAAAAGAGCCCCGAGGACAUCGCAGUCACAGCUAUGUACACGUUCCUGCCCGACAACUUCUCGCCGACUAAGCCCAAGCCGUCCAAAGAGCUGAAGCCACUGCUGGGCUCAGCGGUGCUGGGGCUGCUGCUGGUGCUGGCAGCGGUGGUGGCCUGGUGCUACUACAGCGCCUCCCUACGCAAGGCGGAACGCCUUCGCACCGAGCUGCUGGACCUCAACCGCGGCGGCUUCUCCAUCCGCAACCAGAAGGGCGAGCAGGUCUUCCGCAUGGCCUUCCGCUCCGGCGCGCUGGACCUCGACUCCUGCAGCCGAGAGGGCGCGCUGCUUGGCUGCUCACGCACGGCCGACGGGCGCCCGCUGCACUUCUUCAUCCAGACCGUGCGGCCCAAGGACACAGUCAUGUGCUACCGCGUGCGCUGGGAGGAGGCGGCGCCCGGGCGGGCCGUGGAGCACGCCAUGUUCCUCGGCGACGCGGCAGCGCACUGGUAUGGCGGUGCCGAGAUGAGGACGCAACACUGGCCCAUCCGACUGGACGGCCAGCUGGAGCCGCAGCCAUUCGUCACCAGCGACGUCUACUCCUCCAACGCCGCCUUCGGAGGCAUUCUCGAGCGCUACUGGCUGUCUUCACGUGCGGCCGCCAUCAAAGUCAACGACUCGGUGCCCUUCCACCUGGGCUGGAACAACACGGAGCGCUCGCUGCGGCUGCAGGCGCGCUACCACAACACGCCCUACAAGCCGCCCGCCGGCCUCACAGCGGCGGCGCCGGAGCUAAGCUACCGUGUGUGCGUGGGCUCAGACGUCACCUCCAUCCACAAGUACAUGGUUCGGCGCUACUUCAACAAGCCCUCUAGGGUGCCAGCGCCGGAGGCCUUCCGAGACCCCAUUUGGUCCACGUGGGCGCUGUACGGGCGCGCUGUGGACCAAGACAAGGUGCUGCGUUUUGCCCAAGAGAUCCGCCAGCACCGGUUCAACAGCAGCCACCUGGAAAUUGACGACAUGUACACGCCCGCCUAUGGCGACUUUGACUUCGACGAGGCCAAGUUCCCCAAUGCCAGUGUUAUGUUCCACCGCCUGCGCGACGCCGGCUUCCGCGUCACACUCUGGGUGCACCCCUUCGUGAACUACAACUCGUCGCGCUUCGGCGAGGGCGUGGAGCGCGAGCUGUUCGUGCGGGAGCCCACCGGCCGGCUGCCCGCGCUGGUGCGCUGGUGGAACGGCAUCGGUGCGGUGCUCGACUUCACGCGCCCGGAGGCCCGCGACUGGUUCCAGGGACACUUGCGGCGGCUGCGCUCUCGCUACGCCGUGGCCUCCUUCAAGUUCGACGCGGGUGAGGUUAGCUACCUGCCGCGGGACUUCAGCACCUACAGGCCGCUGCCCGACCCCAGCGUAUGGAGCCGGCGCUACACUGAGAUGGCGCUGCCCUUCUUCUCGCUGGCCGAGGUCCGAGUGGGGUACCAGUCACAAAACAUCUCGUGCUUCUUCCGCCUGGUGGACCGCGACUCGGUGUGGGGCUACGACCUGGGGCUGCGCUCGCUCAUCCCUGCGGUGCUCACCGUCAGCAUGCUGGGCUACCCGUUCAUCCUACCCGAUAUGGUGGGCGGCAACGCGGUGCCCGAGCGCACGGCGGGCGGCAGCGAUGUGCCCGAGCGCGAGCUCUACAUUCGCUGGCUGGAGGUGGCCGCCUUCAUGCCAGCCAUGCAGUUCUCCAUCCCGCCCUGGCGAUACGACGCGGAAGUGGUGUCUAUUGCCCACAAGUUCGCCGCACUGCGGGCCUUGCUUGUGGCGCCGCUAUUGCUUGAGCUGGCCGGUGAGGUCACUGACACGGGCGACCCCAUCGUACGCCCCCUUUGGUGGAUCGCGCCCGGCGACGAGACAGCUCACCGCAUCGAUUCGCAGUUCCUUAUUGGGGACACGCUGCUGGUAGCGCCGGUGCUGGAACCCGGCAAGCAGGAGCGCGACGUCUACCUGCCGGCGGGCAAGUGGCGCAGCUACAAGGGCGAGCUUUUCGACAAGACGCCCGUGCUGCUUACCGAUUACCCAGUCGACCUGGACGAGGUCGCCUACUUUGUCUGGGCGUCCUGACCCUGCCCAGUACUUGGGAACCGCAUAGCCCUAACCCCAGCCUUUAUGCAGACCUUUAAUGCUCCAUCACACCUGCAUUGUGUACCCCCAGGAAGUCCACACCUCUGCACUAUCCAUUAAGUGGGUGCUGACUUAAAUGUGCUGGAGCCAGCUGAUGUGGGUGGGGUCUGGGGAGGGGGCACUGAAGCAACCUCCAGCUCCAACACACAAUCCUAACUGUCCCCUUUCCCCUCCACACUCACUCCAGUCUGGAGAAACCUCGUCCCUGGGAUGGAGGCCAGAGAGCUCAGAAGAAAAGGGUCAGCUCUCUUCCUGUUGUUACACAUGGUCAGGUUUUAAAAGCACAAAAUGAAACCUUUCGCUCUAUCUUGGCCUUUGUGGCCAUAUUUGUCCUUCUGAAGUGGGGGCUUGAUCUUCUUUAAGGUCCCAAAAUAGCCCCCACCACACUUAGAAAGUGUACAUUCUUGAUGUUGAAAAUCAGGCCCUGAGUUCCCAACACUGGUUUGAACUGUGGCUGAUUUGAUCCCACUCCAGCUAAGGAGAAGGGAUAGAGGUGUUUGGCCAACUGAGGAGGCAAGAGGUCCCCUCCCAAGGAACAGGAGGACUUGGCUCAGCACAGAGCCAGCAUCAGUGUCCCCUAUUUGUGAAGAAACUCCUAACACUACGCUAACCCAUCUGUGUACAUACAUGGGCUCAGCCCUGGGCCAGAUGUACCUGUUGGGUACAGACUUGCAGGGCCAUGCAGGCCAGACUUGGUGCCUUUGCUUAAGAACCCUUGUGUGUGUGUGUAUGUGUGUGUGUGUGUGUGUGUGUGUGUGAGAGAGAGAGAGAGAGAGGAGAGAGACAGAGAGAGAGAGGCAUACAUACACCCAGGUCCCUGACCUACAGAAUGAACACAACAUCCCUGAGACUGGAUAAACCUAGAGGAAGGAGCAUGGGGCAAAUUUGAGGCUCUGAUUGUUGAGCUGGCCUCCUCCCAGGUGGUUUCCCUGGGACUCUGCUAGGAAAUAAAUAGCCCUUUCUGGAUUCCUCAACUGCCUUACUCCCUGCACAUGUGGCAGGGUGUGUCCUAGAAGGGAGUGAUGUUCUUAUUCAGGUGGUGUGUGCUUCUGAACACAAGCUACAUGCACACACUGACAUCUGCCAAUACACAGACAGGGUAAGGUCUUUCAUCUCAGCCAUUUGCACUUUCUAAGAAGAGCAACCUCAGCCAGAGUGAGUUUUUCCUGACUUUGCAGUUGAGUCUGUAGAAGAAUGGCUUGUCAGAGGUGGGAGGUGGGAAACAGGGUGGAGCUCAGCUUCCCUCAACAGCUCUGCCAGCAGAACCAGUGACCCACCUCCUAGAGAAUGUAUCCCUUUGCCUACCCCUCUACCCGCUUUAUUUUCUCACUAUGGAAAAUGACUGAUGAAAGCCUUGGGGCCCUCACAGAUGCGCAUCUCGAAUGUUGAUUCUAUCACUUGUCUACCAGCUGUGUGACCUUGAACAAGCUGCUUAGCCUAGAUGAGCCUUGGUUUCCUCCUAUGUAAAAUGGUGAUAAU